AUGGAACUUGUGGCUGAGUUACCCGACCGUCUAUUGACAGGGUUAGCACUAGAUCCACACGAUAAUGUGUUUGCCAUCUGCGCGUGCAGUGGUGAGCUCUUUCGCUUUCAUAAGGAGAGUAACAGUAUGCUUCCAAUCAUGUCUACAGAGGCUUCACCACACGAUAUCGCUAUUGACCCGCAGACCGAUGAUGUAUACAUCACUGAUCGCACUGAGAAUGCUAUUCUCAAGUUAGAACCAUCCGAAACCAACGGGGAGGAUGAAACGAAGGAAGAGAAACAGGAAGAAGAAGAAAGUGGUGCCGGGUAUACUAUUGUACGCUAUCUAAACAGUUUUGAGGGAAAACCAUUUAUUGGCCCCACAGCAUUGGCGUUUGCACCUGAUGGUGAGUUGUUC